CCCGCGUGUUUUCGGAAACCGAUUCGGGCUCGCGCAGGCCGCGACCCGCGGCGGGGCAGGCCCCCGGGGCUCCGCGUCUCCCGGCCUCCUGCGGCACUUGGCCUGGGCUCGCCGUGCAACUGCCCUCCCUCAGGGAGCUCGCCCGCCCCGCCCAGAAGGGGGCGCUCGCCGUGCCUGCCAGCGUCGCUGCCCAGCUCUGCCGGAGGACGUCCACCUCGGCGACUCACCUGGCUGCCCCGACACUGCUCCUCCCGCCCUGCGCGCGCCCGCCCGCUUUUGUCGUGGGUCGUCUGGGGGGGGGGGGCUCCAAGUUGGCCAGCAAGAGGCCGGCUCCCCGGCGGCUGUCCUCCUCCUGUGUCUUGUCAGGCGUGGGCGCCACCCAGCCACAGGUAGCGCCAGAGGCAGGAGUGAAAGACGGACCUGAGAGCGGAAGGUGGGAGUCCCAGCCCACAGCUCUGGCGGUGGCAGAAGCAUCUGCGUGGGGGCGGCAGAGGGUCCCGGGCACCCUGUCAGCGCGCCUCUUUUUGAUGCGGUGGACUGAGCCCCUCAGAGCCACUGAGCCACGCCCCUUCCUUCCCACAGCUCUUGGGUGCCUGACCUGUCUCCCGCCCUGUCCCCCCCUGGGGACCUAAGUGGACGCAAAGGUCGCCAAGCCCACCAGGCCGUCUCGCUGGAAUCCUGCGUGCCUCUCUCUGGUCAGAUGACACUUUGAAACCCUCAACAGAUUCAGAGUGGCCAGUGGGCGUCAGAUUUGAUGACUGGGUCCCGAUGCAGCCACUUGUCGAUGGGGACAGCCAGAGGCGAGUCACUCAGCCUUCUCCCAACCCAGCUUCCUUGUCCGGGUAAAACGAGGAGCUCUGGGCCCGUGUUUAUUCAAGGUCUGUCUUUGUGUUUCAGCAACAGCAUCCCUCCUGCCUGUCACAGGCCAAAGUGGGGGGGGGGGCGCUUCUAGUCCAAGCAGGAGGUGUGACCCCACCCUGGCCGGGGUGCAUCUGAUCAAGAUGGACAGGAGCCGGUUUCCUCUUCUUGUUGGUGAGCUCCAGAGGCCUGCCACAAGCAAUGAGAUCGAUAGCCACCACCUAAAUGGGCACUAUCUGAGGGACUAAGCUAUAGCUGGCCUAGGCGAAGGGAAAGGCCUGUGCAUUUCCACCCUCCCCUUGCAUUCCACCGGGAGCCCCGCUUCAGCUGCUCUGUGUUGAUUCCACUUCAUUUUCUCCCUUGGCUAUGAUACAGACAGGAGGAAAAGUCUUUUCUCCCCUAGCACAGAGUUUUCGAAGCAUUACCUUGCUAUGCCCGGUGUCCUGGAAAAGCCAGCUGACAAUGAUGACGCAAGUAGAGUGAAGGCCCGAGGAGCUCAGUAGCUCCUGCUGGCUCCUCUGGCUUCUGAAAUUGGCUCCCAGGACAUGGAAUGAGCGUGCACACAGCCGUCUCCUCCUCCUCUUAUCUGUGCAACAGAGAUCGGUUCUCAACUGGCCGGGGGCAAUGUCAUUGAUACAGCUGGUGUCAUUGUUACCUUCCACGAACAGAUCACUCGACACCUACCGGCCCAGGCAGAGCUGGACCUGGGCAUUGCCCAGCUGAGCUGCAGGCCUGGGCCCUCCCCAUUGUCCCAGAACCCCAAGUGAGGCCUCGAUGCAGGUGUUGCUGGGAUGCGGUGCUUGGUGACCCAACAGAAGGACUGAAUUUCGACUGGCGGCUGCUUUUCCCUGGAGGAUCUUGGCUGUCUCUUUGGUGCCUGCUGCCUGGUGUCUUUUGCUGUUCUGGGGCAGAGGAGAUGAAUUUAUCCCCGGCUGGCUGCUGAGGCAGAGUGAUGAUGGGGCCCAGAUCAGGGGCACUGGGAGCGCCCCUGGUGUGAGGAGGCAGGGCGAGGAGCGGCAUCCGGCCUGGUGCAGCCUCCGGGGCUGGUGGCCGCCUGCGCGGUGCCUCGCAGGUGGCAUCAUGCUGCAGCAGAUCCUGCACGACUUGUACAUCGACCCUGAGCUGCUGGCCGAGCUCAGUGACGUGCAGAAGCACAUCCUCUUCUACAAGAUGCGAGAGGAGCAGCUGAGACGCUGGAGGGAGCGAGAGGCCGCGGAGGCCCUGGCCCAGGCCGAGGGCCUCAGGCCCCCUCAGGGCAAGCGAGCCAGCGGCAAGCACAUCCAGUGGCUCCUGGGCGCUGAUGGCGAGGUCUGGGUCUGGAUCAUGGGAGAAGGCCCCGGCGACAAGCCCUAUGAAGACAUCUCUGAGGAGCUGAUUGCCGAGAGGGCGAGGCUGCAGGCCCAGAGGGAGGCUGAGGAGCUCUGGAGACGGAAGGAGGCAGAGAUCACCAAGAAGUUCCGGGAUGCUCUGGCCAAUGAGAAAGCCCGGAUCCUGGCGGAGAAGUGGAAAGUGGAGAUGGAAGACCGCAAGGCUGCCAAAGUCCUGGAGGAGCGCAUCCACGAGGAGUUCAAGAGGAAGGAGGAAGAGGAGAGGAAGCGAGGAGAAGAGCAGAUUCGCCUCCAGGAAGAGCAGAGGGCGAAGGAGCUCUACUGGACCCUGAAGCAGGCCCAGCUGCAUUGCCACCCCAGCGAGAAGGAGGAGCGCGAGUGGGAAGAGCAGUUGCGCAGGUCCAAGGCGGCAGAUGAAGAGAGGAGCCGCCGAGCCCAGCGUGCCCGGGACGAGUACCGACGCCACUCGCUCCGUGCCAUCCAGAAGGGCAUGGUCGCUGGCCUCAGUUCCAUGUUCCAGGAGCUAGGCCAGAGCCACGAGCAGGAAGCCAGACUCUACGACCACCUCCCGGGCCCGGGCCCGCCUCCGUCGCUUGCUACGCCUGUCCGGACUUGGGAGCGUCCACUGCGUCCUGUCUCCACGGAGAUCAUCGUCCGCUGGUUUAAAGAAGAGCAGCUGCCUCGCCGCGCUGGCUUCGAGAGAAACACCAAAUGCAUCGCCCCCUGGUUUCAUGGAAUUAUCAGCCGUGAAGAUGCGGAAGAUCUCCUGGAGAGCAUGGCCGAGGGAGCUUUUCUGGUCAGGGUCAGUGAGAAGAUCUGGGGUUACACCCUCUCCUACCGCCUGCAGAAAGGGUUCAAGCACUUCCUUGUGGACGCCUCUGGGGAUUUCUACAGCUUCCUGGGAGUGGACCCUAACCGCCACGCGACGCUCACGGAUCUCAUUGAUUUCCACAAGGAGGAGAUUAUCACUGUUUCAGGGGGAGAGCUGCUGCAGGAACCCUGUGGACAGAGGGACAGCCCACCAGACUAUCAUCUGUUGUUUGAAUGAUUUUUUAACUUUAUCAAUUGGAUUCCUUUGGGCAUCCUUUUCUUUUUUUUUUUUUUUUUUGAACUCAGCUUAAGAACUUAAGAACUUACCAGCUUGAUUCCUUAUUAUUCUGGAAGAUGCACCACCCUCCAGAGGAACAAGCAGCUUUUUAUAUCUCAAAGGAUAAGAAAUAUAUGGCAUUUGUGCUACUGAUCCCCGCCCAGUGGUCAGGACAGACAUUGCUAAUAGCUGAUGCAACUCUUUCAUCAAGAGUUUAGCUAUGACCUCAUGUGACCAAGUCUAUUUGUCAAGGCUAUCCUAAACUGAGUUCUUAGAGUGCAUUGGUCACAUUUUAAUAACCCCAAAAUAAUUCCAGUGCCGAACCCUACAUGUAACAAAAUGUAUGUUGAAUGAAUGCACUUCGGAAAGUCUCUCAGCACUAAUCAACGAUGGUUUCUAGUAAGUUAUUUCCUGCUUCUCACUUUUUAGAAAGUCAUAGUGAUAACAAAAGAAAGACUUGCAAAGGGUUUAAGUGGAGGACCUCGAUACUGCUCAUUAUCACCUAUGUUGGAAUUCAGCCUUCUGAGUCCCAGCAUCUAUGGCACGUGAUUAAUGCUGCUCUGCCUCCCUUAUUUAACCCCUUCUCCUCCCCUCCUCUAACUUUGAAUCAUAUCUUGGCCCUGGUUUUGUGAUAGUGAGGCAGUGAUUCACAUAUUCCUACGGAUGUGUCCGAGACCUGGGUGAAUUAUAAAUACGAGAAUGGUUAUAGACGUCUGACGAGGCCUCUGCUGUCUAGGAGGUGGCUCUCUUUGUGCAGGUUACUCCAGUGACCAACUCUGUCCUCACUGUCCUUUUGAUUUUGAGUCUACUGUCCACUUCAUCUGAUUGUGUUCUUCACAGUAACAAGAUGACUUUCCUAAGGACUCCUCAAUAACUCUCAGGAUGGUGACUGUGCACACACCUGUGUUCCACCUUUAUACCAUACACACAGAGGCAGCAUAUUAUGAUAAGAAGAUUACAGGCUUUGGAAGACUUGGGUUCAAAUCCCCACCCUGGAAUUUCCUAGCAUUGUCCUGGUGAGAGUAAAAGGAUGGAUGGACUCUGAGGAUAUCAAGGAGCUGGUUUGCCUGACUUGAUAAUCCACCCAGCUCCCACUGCUAUAACCAGUUUUGCUCUGCUCUUCCUCACUGCAAUGCUCAGUGUCACGUGAGCAUAGCCACACAUGGUGCCCUGGGCAUCUCUUUCCCAAUUGGUGCCCUGCAUGGUGGACCUCAGAUCAAUGGGAGACUGAGACUGGUUGGUCAGUUCACCUCCUUUCUCCCUCCUGGAGGGUCUGUUCUGAGAGGCAGCUCUUCAUAGGGCCUCUUAGAAGAGGGCCUUGUAAGACAGAGCAACCAGUUAUGAUGAAACCCAGCAGUGGCUGGACUGCUAUGACACUUCCCUGUUUGUUCUUUCUCCUUCCCUGCUGCCUACCCAUCCUGCCCCUUUCCUGUUCCUCUAGGGUUGCAGUCCUCAAUCAAGUAGCACUGUGCUUUGUGGUCUCUGCCUUCUGGGGAAGCAAGGGGAAGGACCCCUCCUACAAAUGUGUUCAACAAUAUCAGUUUGCAGGUCAGGGCUGAGGCUUCCCUCCUGUCUGCCUGUCUCACUGAAUGGAUAAAAUGAAGAGAUGGAGGGUACCUAUUUCUUGAAACUUAAAGUGUUUUAAAACCAUACCCAAUCGUUAUGAAAAUAACCUGAUUUUUAUUGGAGAUUCAGAAGAACCAAGCUUUAGUCUUGGCUCUGCUACUUACCGACUAUGUGGCUUUGUUUAAGUUGUUUGCCCUCACUAAACCUCAGUACAACCGACAGGAGGAUUUUUUUGUAUGGACAUGGUUAGGUUUGGGGCAGGCCAGUUAAAUCGGCAUUAUGAAAACUCUGUCCAAAUGAAAGGAAUUGCUAGCCACAACCACAAAUGCAGCAAAACGUUGUCAGGGACUCGGAUGUGAUGAUUUUCAGGGUGUCAGAAGGAAUUUCAAGCAGCAGCUUUGAAAGCAGACCAGGUCCGUUGAGAACCUGAAUCCCUGGGCUGUUGUUCCUGUCACCCACUAAUUAAUACGUGAGGGCCAGCAGCUCAGUUCUCCAUCCCUAACACAUUCAUUUCAUUUUAUUUGGGGCCUGCACUUUCUGCAUGUCUCAUAUAUUUUAGGUUUUACCUGGCUUUCAAGUAAAUUCCUUGUAAGUUGUCCUGCAAAUGAAAUUACUGUCUGGAAAACUGCAAUUUCAUCUUGAGAGUUUUAUUAUGCUAAUAAAU